AUCAAGCACCUAGGCAUGCAGACUGCUUCUAAAAAAAAUAAAAAACAUUUGUGAAAGAAUGGGUUGCUCUCAGGGACUCAGUGAAUUCAAGCGUGGUACCCUGAUAGGUUGCCACCUGUGCAAUAAGUCCACCCAAAAAAUGUCCUUGCUACUAAAUAGUCAAAACGAUCAAUUGUUAGUUGUAUUAUACAAAAGUGGAGCAAACUGGGAACAACAGCAAACUCAGCCAUGAAGUGGUAGGCCAUGUAAAAUGACAGAGCAGGGUCAGCGCAUGCUGAAGCGCAUAGUGCAAACUGUCCAACUGUCUGCAAAGUCAAUAGCUAAAGACAUCCAAACUUCAUGUGGCCUUCAGAUUAGCACAACACAGUGCGUAGAGAUCUUCAUGGAAUGGGUGUCCAUGAAUGGAGCAACUGCAUCCGAAGCCUUACAUCACCAAGUGCUAUAUAAAGCGUUGGAGUUGCACGUUGGUGUAAAGCACACCACCACUGGACUCUAGAGCAGUGGUUGCCUGACUGCAUUGUGCCAAGUGUAAAGUUU